AUUUCACCACUCCAAAUUUCACCUCCGUACCACACAACAACAACAACAACAACAAACCAUAAAACCCGUAUAGCUAGUCAAUCAUAACUUCUACCACCACCAACUCAAAUUUUUUCAUUUUCAAAAAAGAAGAAUGAUGAGAAGCAAAUCCAUAGUCAUCAAUUCCAAUUCCAGGAACGAUACGUCCAACAUCACCGCGAUGGCAGCUCUGAGACGUUCGGCCUCAAACACUACUGCCUCAGCCGCAGUGGUAGGCACAAAUGGUCUUAACAGAAAACCUCGUCUGCGGUCAGUAGAGUUCCCAGCAUCACCUCAACUGAUACAAGGUGAAGAGAUGGUCCAUUUCGGACAUCCCCAACACGUGCUGGUCAAGGUUGAUUUGCCGGAUAUCUACACGUGUGCAGGGUGCAAAGAGGAAGGAGCAGGGAUUAGGUACGUGUGUCAAGAGUGCGAUUAUCAGCUCCAUGAGUUUUGCGCUUUGGCUCCUCCUUUACUAAAGUCGCAUCCGUUUCAUUACCAGCAUCAACUUCUCUUCUUUGCCAAACCUGCGAAAGUAGGGAUAGUAAAAUCCAAAUGCGACGUGUGUGGACGAUCACCAAAAGGUUACACCUUUAGAUGCAAAGCUUGCAGUUUCCAAAUGCAUCCUGGCUGCGCCAUGUUAUCCCCUUCCCUCUCGUCCUCCUCACUCCACCACCACCCUCUCCGCCUCAUCCCAUCCUCCUCAGCCGCUAACACCACCGGCAGGGACCCCGGAGGAUAUCUUUGCGGAGAGUGCAAGAGAGGUAAACGGACGGGUAGGGUUUACCGUUGCACCGUCUGCGAUUACCACUUGCACGCCGUAUGUGCUAAAGACGCAGCCGUGAACGGCCUCCGCUCAAACGGACAUAAAGGGAGGGACAAGUCUCCGGCGGUUUUGGGAACGGCGGCGAGGUUGGCGUCGCAGGUUGUGAUUGAUUUUCUCGGUGGUAUAAUGGAAGGUCUUGGUGAAGGUGUUGGUGAAGCUAUUUUGGACGGUGUGACUAGAGGCGGUGGUGGUGGUGGCGGCGGCGGCGGCAGAAAUGGUGGUGUUACUAGGACAAUUCCACGUGUCUGAGGAGGGUGAUUAUGAUGGAAUUUGGAGAUUGCUUGAUUAACUAUACUUACGAGUGUUUAUACUUUUAUAUGUGUAGAUUGUUAUAUGCCAUAAUGAUGCCUUUGAUGAUAAAGUACAUAUAGAUGUAUUGGUGUUUAUUAAGUUUCGGGUGGGAUAUAAUAUUAUUUUGAUUAAAUUCGGUGAUCUGUACAAUAGAGAGAAUGAUGUUGUAUUAUUUGCUUAAGUGAUAUUUUUAAUGUGUAUUUCAUGUGUUUGUGCUUAAA